AAUUAUCUAUGCUGCAUAUAUGAAUACCUCAGGUGGAGAUCGUAGAAGCCAGGGAGGUGGACCUAAAGGUAAAACCCUAACAGCCAGAAACUUGUCCUACGAUACCACAGAAGAAAGUUUAAAGGAUUGCUUCGAGGGAGCUAUCAGUUGUCGAAUCCCAACUUUCCCCGAUACAGGAAAAUCACGAGGAUUUCAAGUCUUGGUGGUUGGAGUUUGAUUAGCUGAGCAAUUGUUAGUCUGACUUAGGAAUUUGCUUCAUUAUUUGCUCGUGGUGAGCCGAGUGACAAUAAACAUGAGUUGGUUACUUAUUAUAUUCGUGGUUUCGAUUGCACUGUAUAUUUUCACAACAUGGAGAAAAAACAACCAUAAGGCUCCUUUACCUCCCGGGCCAUCUUUGUUAGAGUCUUUCAAGAUCAUCUGGGGGAUAAUUACCAGGAACGACAUACAUAUUGUUGGAGAGAAAUUGGCUUUACGUUUUGGGGAGAUACUGAUCAUACGUUUUUGGGGAUUGAAUAUCGUGUUUGUCAACAGUGCUCGACUUUUACGAAAAUUGUUGACAAACGCCAAGUACCGGGACAUAACAAAUGAUCGACCACCUUCCUUUUUAAGAGAUCAUGUCGUGUAUGGGGGGAAGGAUAUAAUUUUUAGUGACUAUAAUGAAUAUCAAACAAAUUUAAGAAAACUAUUACACGGAGUCGUACAGCUAUAUGGUGAAGGUGUUCAAGAUUUUGAGAAUAUGGUCAAUACCGAAAUUGAAAAUCUACAAAAGAAACUGAUGGUGGUUAAAACUGGUCAAUCAUUUGACAUGGAUGAUGCUCUGAAAAUAUCAGUUAUAAGAACACUUCAUCUAUUUUUAACAAACGAAGCUUUAAAAGAAGAUGUCCAAGCCGAAUUCUGUUCUAUUGUAGAAAAUUACGAUAAAGGUUUCACUAAUAUAGCCAGAGUUGACACCAAUAUGGCAUUAACUUUGAUUCCAUGGCUGCGUCAUUUACCGGGGUCAUGUGGUGAACUGGUUCAGGAAUUACAGAAAUACCAGAAUAAGUUGAUUGAUUUUUUGCUAAACCCAUCAAAAAGAAAGAAAUGGAGACAAAAUGGAAAAUCUCUCCUCGGUACUUUAUUAGCUGAACAAGAGACUAACGAUCAGAUUACAGAGGAGUCUGUUAAAGGAGUUAUCAUUGAUACGGUUGUGGCUGGCUUUGUAACAACUAGUGGUUUCCUUGGUGGAUUUUUCCUGCUUAUGCUUCACCACCCAGACAUACAGCGACGAAUACAGGAAGAAUUGGAUAAGGUUCUUGCAGGAAGACAGCCAAGCCUUGGUGAAAGAUCAAGUUUGCAUUACACCAAUGCGGCAAUUCUGGAAUGUCUCAGAUACAUCCGCCAUGUUCCCCAUGGUGCCGCACACAUGAACAGAGAAGAAAUAGAAAUUGAAGGAUAUAGGAUCCCUGCCAAAUCAACGAUCAUCACCAACCUAUGGUACAUGGCUAAAGAUGAACAGCAGUGGGAUAAUCCGGACGUAUUUAAUCCGGACAGAUUUUUAGAUGAAGACAGAAAGUUUGUUCCGGUUACUCACCAGCUACGGCAACAACUUAUGCCAUUUGGAGUUGGAAGAAGAAUUUGUGUCGGUGAAUCGUUUGCUAAAUCACGUAUAUUUCUAUAUGUGACGUCAUUGCUUCAGAAGUUUAACUUCCGACCAGAUGGUAACCCACUGGCACCAGAAGACUCCAAACUAUGGGCAUCAGAUGCUGCCAUGCAUCCUCCAUUCCUGAAAUGCAUCAUUGAACAACGCAAACAACCUGAUUAAAAAACACAAAUCCUUUUUCGUUUCGUUUUUUAUAGUUCAAAAUUUCGUUUUAUAUGUCUGUUCUACGAAAGCAUAAAAAAACGAAACGAAAUAUAGAUCUGUAUUUUAAUCAGAUUGCAACGCAAUUAACAUAAUGAUUGUAAACUGGCCCUUCUUACUAUUGUUUGGCUUUUAUUUUAAUCCCUUCAAGGGCCUGUCUUAUUGUAAUCGAAUCUUUUGUAAUGUACUAUUGUAGUCUAUAAUUUGCACUCUUUUAAAAUUUGCAUCAGAUUGCAACGCAAAUAACAUAGCCUAAUGAUUGUACACAGGCCCUUCUUACCAUUGCUUGGCUUAUAUUGUAAUCCCUUCAAGGGUCUAAUUGUAAUCGAAUCUACUGUCAUUAUAAAAAAAUUUAAAACAAAAAGAAUCUAUAAUUUGCUUUUGAUAUGCAUAGGCUAUUUUAUUUAGGGGGUGGGGGCAGCUUCUAAAUCAGCUAAUCUGUCUUACUAUUGUUUGGCUUUUAUUUUAAUCCCUUCAAGGGCCUGUCUAAUUGUAAUCGAAUCUAUUGUCAUUUAUUAAAAAAAAUUUUU